CAUCAACAGCCUAAACAUGUACGCCAAGGUGAUCGUCGCUCUGUGCGCCGUGGGAAUCGCCCAUGCGGGUGGUUUGUUGGGAGCUGCUCCUUUGGCCUACACCAGCCACGCCAUCGCCGCCCCCGCCGUGUCGUCCGUCUCCUCCUACUCGACCCACACCGCUCACGCCAGCCCCGUCGCCACAUACGCCGCUGCUCCCGUCGUCGCCAAGGCCAUCGCCGCCCCUGCUGUGGCUGCCUAUGCUGCUCCCGCUGUAGCAUCUUAUGCUGCUCCUGCCGUAGCGUCUUAUGCCGCUCCUGCCGUAGCGCAUUACGCCGCUCCUGCCGUAGCGUCUUACGCUGCACCUGCCAUAGCCUCUUACGCCGCUCCUGCUGUGGCAUCUUACGCUGCCCCCGCCGUUUCCUCCGUGUCGUCCUACUCAAGCCGCACCUCUCACGGAGCACCCGCGUACGCCGCGUACUCCGCGCCCGCGGUAGCUUCUUACGCCGCUCCCGCUGUCGCCACCUACGCCGCUGGUCCCGUCAUUGCUAAGAGCUACGCUGCUCCCGCGAUCGCCGCAUACGCCGCCCCUGCCUACGCUAGUUACGCUGCUGCCGCCCCUGUCCUGAAGACAUCUGUGGCGUACUCCGCCGCUCCCGCUGUAGCUCACGUUGCCUACGGCGGUCACGGUGCCGCCCACGGUUGGUAGACUGAAUCCACGUAUACGAAUACAUAUUUAAUGUUGUAAAUAGACCAAUAAAAUAAAGAACAUUUACGUAAAUA